UUCCAGCCGCUGAUUUAGUCAGUACUCAACGUUUGACAAGUACAGAGCGCCAAGUCUCCAAGUUUUAUUAGCAAACAAAUACAAACAUGUCUAGAAUUGUGAGAAAAUUGAUCAGCACCAACAACGCUGCAAAGCCAGUAGCGCCAUACAAUCAAGCUGUUGUUGCCGAUCGCACAGUCUAUGUAUCCGGCUGUUUGGGUCUCGACAAAGACACUCUGAAGCUGGUGUCAGGCGGCAUAACGGAGCAAACAGAGGUGGCCUUGAAGAACUUGGUUGCCGUACUGGAGGCUGCCGGUUCUGGCGUUGACAAAGUGGUCAAAAAUACAAUAUACGUAAAGGAUCUGAAUGACUUUGGUGCGGUCAACGAGGCUUACAAGAAAGUCUUCCACAAAGAUUUUCCCGCACGUGUCUGUAUUCAAGCGGCCCAUUUACCUCUGAAUGCCUUGGUGGAGAUUGAGAGCAUCGCUUUGACCGGUGAUGUGGUGACUGAAACUAAUUAAUUUCUUUUAAAGUUUGUUAAUUUUCCAAUAAAAAAACUGAUACAAAUUUA